UCUGUUCCAUGUACGCUGCUCAAGCUCCCGGACAGAAUGCAAAAGCGUUUUCUCCAUCGCCGUCGAACACACGCAAGUGUAUACUUGCGACGAAUAUUGCUGAGACGUCUAUCACAAUACCCGGCGUGAAGUAUGUCAUUGAUACAGGAAAAUGCAAAGAAAAGCGAUACCUAACGAGUGACACUGGUGGAGGUGUGUCUAUCUGUUGAAAACACGGCCAGUGGUGAAUUGCAGCAUUCAGGUUUUGACACCCUUUUAACAAGGGACAUCACUCAAUCUUCAGCCAUGCAGCGAACCGGACGUGCCGGGAGAGAGGGGACGGGGCAUUGUUAUCGAUUGUAUACGGAAGCCUCAUUUAAAAAGAUGGCGCUGUCCGCGGAGCCUGAGAUAUUACGAUGCGGACUUACAUCAAGUCUUCUUCAGCUUCGAUGCAUAGGGCAAGAGCUGGAGAACUUGGACCUGAUGGAUAAGCCUGAAGAAGAUUCAACCGCGUUCAAGACACUGUUCAUCAUUGAUGGCAUUGACAGGAAGAAAGAACUUACACAAAUUGGACGAAGCAUGGCCGUCUUUCCACUGGAACCCAUCCACGCGCGCGCUAUCCUUGCCUCAAAGGAUUACGGCUGCACAUCCGAAAUCCUUUCCAUCAUUUCUAUUCUCUCCGCGUCCUCUAAACUUUAUAUUGAUAAUUCUGAACUACGAGAAUCGAUCACAGACUCGCGGCGCAAGUUUCGACAUCCGAGCGGAGACCACCUUACUCUUCUUAAUGUUGUACGUGCCUAUGAGGAGGUUGCUGCAUCUGAGAGCAAGGUCUCUAGGAAAGGGUGGUGCAAGAAGCAUUUCUUAAACGAGAGGACCCUACUUGAGGCGAAGGAGAUCAGAGCGCAGCUAAAGCAAGUGUGUGUACGAGUACAAAUGGAUCCAAGCGUGUCUUGUGAGGACGAGGGACCGAUUUUGAAGAGUCUAGGACGCGGCCUUGUACACAACUCGGCUUUUUUGCAACCCGAUGGGUCUUAUAAGCAGACAAUGGGGCCAUCGAUUGUUAAAAUUCAUCCUGGCUCUUCUAUGUUCGAGAAAAAGGUUCCUGCACUGAUCUAUGAUGAACUUGUGGGUCCAUAUUUCCUGCUUGUCCUCCGAUGGCUUGAAAGUUCUCAGAUUUAUACCAAUCACAUAUACGCUCGGGGGGUCUCUUCAAUACCGAAGGAUUUCUUUCAAACAUUAGGUGCCCUCAACCAACGCACGGCAUGAGCAGUACGGACUAAGUAGAUGCCAAAUUUAUGUUUGCUAUAAAACCAUCUUUAAGACUAACUAUAAUGACAUGAGACUACGUUACAGUGGACAGAAGACU